CUGCGCCUUAGUGCUGAGCGGAGCGCUCACCUGCAGAUGAGAGAGCCGGGGAAAGUCGGGGCAGAGCUGCAGCACACUCGCGGAGCGCAGGGAGGGACGUAACGGACAGUCUAACCAAGAAAAGGGGGGGAUUUACACAAUUAUUGGAGAAGAAUUACGAAUCGACCCUCUUUUACUGGUUCCUCGUCCAGGCAGCCCUGGCUCGCUUGUUCGCCACGAUGAGAACUGACUUCGCUCUGGUCCUGACAGCAGCCCUUCUUCUUGACACAUUCUGGAGGAAUAAUGGGGAGCACGCUUCCAAAGGUCCCUGUCGAGCUGGCUUCUCACAAAGCUUCUACUCUGUGCUGAUUUCAAGGGAUGUACUGCAAGGCCAGGGCAUACUUAAAGAUACCACAGUGUCAUCACAAAAAGUGAAGUUUGAUGACUGCAUGGGGAAUGAAGCGGUGGUUUUCCAGAGCAGUGACCCUUUCUUCAGCGUGCAGACAGAUGGGUCCAUUUUUGCCAAGGGAGAGGGAGCCAGCCUGGAUGAACCAGUCCAGUUUAAACUGACAGCAAGUGGUCCACACACACAUGUCUGGGAGACUGUGAUCCAACUGGCACUAAUUGACCCACCUUCAUCUCAACAAAGUGAAAAUGAGGUCACAAAGGAGAAGGGGAAAGUCGCUGAGAAAAAAGAGAGGAAGGAGGCAUUCCAAGCACCACCUCCUGUCAUCAUGUUCUCAGGGUCUGGCCUGAACAGCUCCAAGGGUCUACGGAGACAGAAGAGGGACUGGGUGAUCCCACCAAUCAACGUGGCAGAAAAUUCUCGAGGACCAUUCCCUCAGAUGCUCGUCAGCAUUCGUUCAGACCAGGACCAGGACAUCUCGAUCCGAUACAGCAUCACUGGGGUGGGAGCAGAUCAACCACCCAAUGAGGUGUUCAAUAUCGACCCUGUGCUUGGAAAGAUGUUCGUCACCAAACCUCUUGAUAGAGAGCAUCGCUCUUCUUACCAUUUGCGAGCCCAUGCCGUGGACAUGAACGGGAACCAGGUUGAGAACCCCAUCGAUCUGUACAUCUUCGUCAUUGACAUGAAUGACAACAGGCCCGAGUUCAAAAACCAGGUCUACAAUGGCUCUGUGGAUGAAGGCUCUAAACCAGGGACGUAUGUGAUGCACCUGUCAGCGUUCGAUGCUGACGACAACACCACAGCCAACGGAAUGGUUCGCUAUCGUAUCCUGUCCCAGACACCGCACAGCCCCAUCCCUAACAUGUUCACCAUCAACAGUGAGACUGGAGACAUUGUGACCGUGGCACCCGGUCUCGAUCGUGAGAAAGUGUCCCAGUAUACCAUCAUCGUGCAGGCCACGGAUAUGGAGGGCAACCUGAACUUUGGCCUUUCCAACACAGCCACUGCCAUCAUCACUGUCACGGACAUCAACGACAACCCUCCCAUGCUGACCUCCAGAACUUUUUCCGGUGAGGUACCAGAGAACCGAGUGGAUGUUGUGGUGGCUAAUCUGACGGUGAUAGAUGCUGACCAACCACAUUCGCCUAACUGGAACGCCAUCUACAGGAUCAUCAGCGGAGACCCGUCUGGGCACUUCACCAUCCGCACUGACCCUGUCACCAACGACGGCAUGGUCACUGUGGUGAAGCCUGUAGACUUUGAGAUGAACCGUGCCUUCAUGCUGACGGUUGUGGUAUCGAACCAGGCCCACCUAGCCAGUGGCAUCCAGUCCUCGCUCCAGUCCACAGCGGGGGUCACCAUAUCUGUCCAGGAUGUCAACGAACCUCCUUACUUUCCCACAAACCCGAAACACAUCCGCUUCGAGGAAGGUGUCCCUGCUGGCACCAGCCUGACGACUUUCUCAGCCUCAGAUCCUGACCGACUACAGAUGCAGCAGACAAUCAGGUAUUCAAAGCUGAAUGACCCUGCAGACUGGUUGUCCAUCAACAGAACCAACGGUCAGAUCGUAACCACAGCAAUGCUCGACCGGGAGUCCAUCUAUGUCAAAAACAAUAUAUAUGAAGCCACAUUCCUGGCAACAGACAAUGGCUCUCCUGCAGCCAGUGGCACAGGCACGCUGCAGAUAUAUCUGAUAGAUAUUAACGACAACCCGCCAGCACUCAUACCCAAGGAGUCUCAGAUCUGUGAGCGGAUGAACAGAAACGUCAACGGUGUCAACAUCACUGCUGCUGAUGCCGACACAGACCCCAACGCUGGACCCUUUGUGUUCGAGCUGCCCAAUUUUCCCACCAGCAUUCGUCGCAACUGGACGAUUUCUCGGAUCAGUGGUGAUUACGCCCGUCUGGGGCUACGGUACCAGGUAUAUUUAGAGCCGGGGGUAUAUGAGGUCCCCAUAAUUGUGUCGGACUCGGGGAACCCACCGCUGUCCAACAGGUCGGUCAUCAAAGUGAAGGUGUGUCCCUGCGAUGAGAACGGAGACUGCACCACCCUCGGGGCCGUGGCAGCCGCUGGCCUGGGCACUGGAGCCAUUAUCUCCAUCCUCAUCUGCAUCAUCAUACUGCUCAGCAUGGUGCUGUUGUUCGUGGUGUGGAUCAAGCGCAGAGAGAAGGAGAGACAGACCAAGCAGCUGCUUAUUGACCCUGAAGAUGAUGUCAGAGACAACAUCCUCAAAUACGAUGAAGAGGGAGGAGGAGAAGAGGACCAGGACUAUGACCUGAGCCAGCUGCAGCAGCCUGACUCCUUGGAGCACAUCAUCAGCAAGCCACCUGGUGUCCGCAGGGUGGACGAACGUCCCAUCAUCCCUGAGUCCCAGUACCCGAUCAGACCUGUCGUGCCCCACCCUGGAGACAUCGGGGACUUCAUCCACGAGGGUCUGCGAGCGGCAGACAAUGACCCCACAGCUCCUCCGUAUGACUCCCUGCUGGUGUUUGACUAUGAGGGCAGCGGCUCUACCGCUGGCUCUGUCAGCUCCCUCAACUCCUCCAGCACAGGGGACCAGGACUAUGACUACCUCAACGACUGGGGCCCCCGCUUUAAGAAGCUGGCCGACAUGUAUGGAGGAGGGGAUGAUGAUUAAAUCUGCCCAGUCACACAUGCACACACACACACACACCCACACACACCCUCGUCCCGUUAGCUGGCCUGCCAUGCUCUGUCCUUCUAACAUAUGAGGCUAUUACAGCCUUAUUGAACACUCGUUAACAAUGACAUGUUCACACUGACCAACUGACUGACCAACCAACCAACCAAUCAAAUUAUCCACCACAGAGGACCAGUGCCGUGUGUCAGUUUCGGGUGCUCUUCUCAACCGUCUCCUGCUCUAAGCCUGUCUAAGACUGAAAACUGAAGCUCUGAAUUGCAGGCUUCUCAUAGUUUGUAUUUUCAAAACUCUUGUGCUUUUGUUUCAUUUUAGGUUUUAUUCUAGAUGUAGGUUUUAGGAGUCAGAUUUAGUUUUUCCUUUAAUUUGUGCAGGUUUUUUUUGUCCCCUCUCCCCUCUGAUUCGAGCCAUUCCCUAUUCCUGAGGGUUUUCACUUUUCCCUCGCUGUCAGCCCCCGCCUGCCUCUCUGUAGAAGCUUUAGGUUGAGCAGCUUGCUUUGUCUGAGGGGAACAAAAGGAAAAAAAAAGAAGAACAAGAACACAGAUAUGAAAGUCCUUCUUGCACGGAGGGCCCUGGUUUAUUAUUUCUUGAACUUGAAUUACUUAGAACAGAAGCACUGUUGUUUAAAAAGUGCCUUCAGUGGUGCAUAUUUUAGCAGACUCCCGCUAACUCAGGAUUGGUUGCCAUUUUCUGGGCUUACAUGCCCCCAUAUGACCCCUGACCCUUUAACUCCGACCUUCCCUUCUCAUUUCUAUCGUCCUGCAGGACUGUGGUAGCUGCAGGAGAUGUCAGUGCUGGUUUCAGAGGAGCAUUGAGUGGCUUACGAGGGCGCUUUAUGUAGACAUACUGUACAUAGGCCUACAGUGUGUCUGUAAGUUAUGGACAAAUCAUUAACUUUUUCAAGUCAGGCAUAUCUGUGCUCCUAGACCACAGCCAACUUGAAUGUGAUUACUGAAAUCACAAAAAUACAUUAUGGGACUGUCUUAGAGAAGAAAUGCAUUGCGUGUCUUUUGUGGCUUUGCAGCUGUGUUUGUUUUGAGCUCUCGGUAUUUGCACCUAAAACUUGAUAAGGCUUGUUACUAAAUUUUGAAGAUCGACAAGUCACGUGUGUUACAAUGUUAAUGUAUAUGAAGUACAAAUGAGGGUUAUUUAAGGAGACUUUGCCUAAGAUCAUUUAAGGUCUGCAUGUUUAUCCCUUCACCCAAAGGUAAUUAACAUGGAUCCAGUUAUUGUGUGGUAAUUGUGUCAAAGAAAACUAUAUAAACUGUACAAACAUGAGGGAAAAGAAAAUACAGGAUUACUUCAAAUAGCUUUGAUAGCGUUACAUACACAGUUGUGAGCCCCAUUCCCUUUCUCUCUUUUUUUUUAUUUUUCUUUUGUUGAUUCACUGUUGUCUCUCAGCAAACUUUUAAUAUACAAACUUUGGUGCUGGUCCCUGUCACAGAAAUGGGGGGGAACUGAGCCUCAGCCAGGGAUUUAGCGCCUUCACAAUCUGUUUCUCUUCAGGCAGCAUUUCAUUCAUCUGAAAUUUUCUCCUGAAAUUUUUGGCUGCAAGUUCAAGAGGUUUUGAAAAGAAGUUAGAGGAAGGGAAAGUCUGUUAUGAAGUUCUGCACUUUAUCAAAGCAAACUUGCAAAACUAAAGCUUCAGUAAUAGUGCUUUAAAAAACAGACAUUUUGAAAGACAGUGUUGUUGUGACUUAAUGAAAAAGUAGCGCUACCCACAGGCUUUUGUAAUCAUAUUUCAGGCCCCCAGAACUGCAUAUAGAGAACUGAAAAAAAAAGAGCUUUAGUCUUUGUAUUAAAUUAUUUAAAUAUGCAAAACAUUUCACAGAGGGACCAGUGAGAUGCUGGUGAAUGAUAGAAAGGUUUAAUCAUUCCUUAUCUUCUGAGUGCCCAUUGAAACACUACUCGGUUGCAGCCAGUUUCAACUUGAUGUGGACUGACCAGAUUUUCUAUUAAUUAUGAAUAUGAUGAAUGUUUGAAGGGAAUCUCAGAAAUGACAAUGUUCUUCAGAUGAUGUGAUGAGAAGGAUCCUCCACUCCUCCAUUUUCCUCUACUGCUUUUCAACCAUUUUCUCACCUGCUCAUGGUUUAUAUGAAGAGCUAUAGAUAAAAACAGUCUUCAGUUUAAUAAAAACUUGAAGGAGUGAAAGGAAUGAACUUGUGGCAAGAUAUAAAGAAAAAUAUUGCCUGUUGGUGCAAAUAGUCAUCAUGCCGUAACACAGAAAUAAGGAUGAGAAUUUAAUUUGAUUAUAAACAAGGGGACAAAGGUUAUAGAAUAAUAAGGUUAACAGGGUCAGAAUCUCUUGAUUUACAUGAAUAGACAAAUGGGUGAUUUUCAGGAUAGCUGUCAGCUUAGAGCAGAAACAAAUAGACAUGAGAAAAGCAGUAGUUUCUACAGCUUGCUGCUGGAUAAGUAAGUUUUUUUCUAUCUGAUUGCUCCUCAGCCUACAGAAUAUCUUCACAAAAUAAACACAGCUGUUACUUUCUGCUAUUUGUGAUUAUUUCUGACAUAUAACUGUUGUAUAUACAGAACAUUUUUAUACAUUUGGUAACACGAUUUAUCUGUUUCUGUGUGGUCUUUGCAUUUUCUUUUACUCCAGUUUUGGCAAUGUAUAUUUCACCACAAAAAGCCAUGUGCAUUUAAAAGAAUCUGUGUGAUUCUAUAUGAGCUUACAGCCAUACUCAUGUCUCUGUUCAAGUGUAGCUUCAUCACAGUGAAAAGGUUCAACUUCAGACCAACUUGUACAGUCUAUACUAGCACACACUCACUCCUCUAGGCCUUACUGUAUAUAUGUGAGUGUUCUAUAUUAUAUGAGCCCUUUCAGCAUUGUUCUAAUUCAGCUGCAGGGCUCAAACAUUACUGAAGGCCAUCCAGCGUUGACAAAAUAAACACAUACAUCAUUAUAAUGCUCAUGCUCUCUAAUCAAACGUUCACACCGGAUUCAGGGCCGAACAUAGCAGGAGCCCCCCGCCACACUCACAUACACCUUACACAAGGUAACUGACCUUUUAUAACAGUGUCAUGCAUACGUGACACAAUGCCAUUAUGAUACUGAAUGUUAUCAAUUACUUGCAAUGACACAUGGCAGCAAAUCAUCAGUGGAGUCGGUCAAACUUGACCUCCCAUUUAAAUGCAAUUUGUGAGGGGGAAAUGAAGGAAGAUUGACUUGUUACAUAGUUGGUCCACUUGUCUUAUUGACGUCCCCUUGCUAAAGUGAGAGGAGGAUUAGCAAAUUAUAGAAUGAAGGUUGAUCUAUUGUAAUUGUAAUCCACCCCUGUCUUCUGGCUGUGCCAACAACGACUCUUCUGCCUCUCUGACUGGUGUUAGUUAAAGGACACUUGGUCUCAUUCGGGACAAUGCCUGACCAUGGACACACACAUGACGGGAGGCUCCAGCAGAAGACAGUUUUUUUGCUCUGCAAUGGCCAGAACUACAAAGACAGGCAGGAGUGUUUUCAUGUGAGUUCGCCCAAUACUGCUCAAGUCCAAGUGUACAUAAUGUAGUAUUUGCUUGAAGCUAAACAGACCAAGGUAGGCAAACUGUAACUGUACAAUUGGAGCUUUUUGCAUGUGUCUUUUUAUAAUGGACAGAUGAGUUCUACUACAGUAACCAUACAACAUUUUAAAAUGUGUCGCAGCCCGCAUGACCGAGGUUGCAGUCCAGAAGGGAUUCUGGUGUACCAUACUCACAUAGUUUCAAAUGAAGGAGAAAAAAAGCUGAAAAAAUAAUUGCACAGUUAUCAAGUCAAAAGACUUUUUUGUAAAUUGUCAACAGCACAAAUAUUUUGUAUUGUUGUUUGUACCAUUUUGUAAGAAAAUGAAGAAAAAAACAAAAAAAGGGAAAGAAUCUGUUGUUUCAAGCGUGUGUUUAUAGUGCCACUGCAAUCUUGGUUUCCAAAUACCGUACAGUAAAUACGCAGCCUUGCAGAUCAACCUUGUAAUAUAGACGCUGAGCUGGAGACUCCCUGUCAGCAUCAUGUGUUAUAAAUAAAAUUUCCCCUCCUUAUAAGAA